CUUUACACUUUUGAGACUCCAAUUCCUGAGUUCAGUUACAAACUUGUGAGCAUUGUUACUCUCAUUCUAAUCUGCAGAAUACUCUUACUUUUCCUUGAGAUCACCAUGAACAAAGUGGGUGAAGCUUUUCUGUCUGGUUUCAUCACUGUUCUCCUGGAGAGGUUCAUUUCAGCUGAGACUUACAACUUGGUGGUGGGGAAGAAGCUUGGCCCUGAGUUGGUGAGAAGGCUGAAGACUGCUCUCUUGGCUGCUGAAGCUCUGGUUGCUGAUGCUGAGCAGAAGCAGUUUGGUAACCAAUUGGUGAAGAAGUGGCUGGAUGAUCUGAGGGAUGCUGUCUACAAGGCUGAUGACUUGCUGGACCGUUUCUGCAUCAAAGCUGCAACUCAGAAGAAGGUAGGAACUUUCUUGCCUAGCUUCCUCAAUUUUGAAGAAAGGCAGAUGGUCAAUGAGAUAGAAGAGGUGGUUAGAACCAUUGAAGAUCUUGAGCGAUGCAAAGAAAGCCUUGGCCUUGAAAAGAUUCCCACUGGUAGCUCCUCAUGGAGAGUUCCAUCCACUUCUCUUGCAAGAGGGAAUGUGUAUGGCAGGGAGGAUGACCAGAAGGCCUUAGUCCAGAUGCUGAAUGACAACAAUGAGCAUCACCUCUCUGUGAUCUCUAUUGUUGGCAUUGGUGGGGUUGGUAAAACAACUUUAGCCCAAUGGCUGUACAACAAUGCAGAGUUGAUGGAGGGAUUUCAUAAGAAAGCAUGGGUUUGCGUUUCGGAGAAGUUCGAUGUUGUUGAGACUACAAGGAAUGUCAUAAAGCAGAUCCAUGGAGGUACUUGUAGUCUCGACGAUUUCAAUUCACUUCAAAAUGCUUUGAAAGAAGAAUUGUCCAAUAAGAAGUUCUUUAUUGUUCUUGAUGAUGUUUGGAGUAAUGAUCAACAUCAAUGGAGAAAUUUUAUAACCCCUUUUCAAUACGGGGCUAAGGGAAGUACUAUUCUUCUCACUACUCGUAAGGAAAAUGUUGGUUUAGUUGCUCAAACAAAUUAUCAACCUCUCAUCCUCAACACGUUGUCAGAAGAUCAAUGUUGGUCGGUGUUUGCAUCUAGUGCAUCUUUUCCAGAAUCAAAUGGGAGCCCUGCACUUGAAGAAAUAGGCAAAAAAAUAGCUAAGAAGUGUGAUGGUCUGCCAUUAGCAGCAGAAACACUUGGUUCCUUGUGCAGAAACCAUGAAGCUGAGGAGUGGGGGGAAAUAUUAAAGAGUGAUAUUUGGGAGUUUUCUACGAAUGACAGUAAGAUAAUCCCAGCAUUAUUAAUAAGCUACUAUCAUCUCCCUCCAUAUUUGAAACGUUGUUUUGUUUAUUGUUCAUUGUUUCCCAAAGAUUAUAAAUUUAAGAAAGAGGAAUUAAUCUUGUUGUGGAUGGCAGAAGAUCUAUUACGGGUAUCAAAUAGAAGAGAGACUUUAGAAGAAGUUGGUAGCAAAUAUUUUGACGAUUUAGCUUCUAGAUUAUUUUUUAAAGAGCAUCAAUAUAAUGAUGACUAUUUUGUGAUGCAUGAUCUCUUACAUGACUUGGCAAUAUUCCUUGCUGGAGAUUUCUACUGUAGAUUAGAUGAACUUGGUGAAGAAGAGGUGCUGAGGAGUCUUACUCGUCAUUUGAAAUCUGGAAAAUUUUCAGUCUCAAAAACUUUUAAUUCCAUUGCUACACUGGAAUCUUUGAGGACAUUCUUGUAUGUCAACGAUUUGUUUAGCAUGGAAAGCAUAGCAUCAAAGUUUAAAUACUUGCGAGUUUUAUCAUUUACAAAACUUGAUGUGGUGCCUAAUUCAAUAGGAGAAUUGAUCCAUCUGCGCUACUUGGACCUCUCUAUGACUGAUAUUAAGACAUUGCCAGAGUCUUUGUGCAGCUUGUGUAAUUUGCAAACACUGAAAUUGUAUUAUUGUCGUAAGCUAGCUACACUGCCUAGUGGUUUGCAUAAUCUUGUGAGUUUGCGGCAUCUUGAUAUUAGACGAACUUCUUUGGAAGAAAUGCCCGGAAAAAUGAGCAAAUUGAAUCAAUUGCACAUUUUAAGUUCCUUUGUUGUUGGCAAGCAUGAAAACAAUGGAAUCCAGGAGUUAGGAGGGCUGGUAAAUCUUCAUGGAUCCGUUGAGAUUAAGAAGUUGGAGAAUAUUGUUGAUGUGAAUGAAGCAAAGAGGGCAAAGAUAAUGGACAAGAAGCACAUUGAUGAAUUAUGUUUGGAAUGGUCUUAAGGUGAUGAUUUGGUUUCAAGUACACAAAAAGAAAGAGACAUGCUUGAUAACUUGCAACCGCAGAAUGGGUUGAAAGAGUUGAAAAUCAAUGGAUACAAGGGUACAAUAUUUCCAGAUUGGUUGGGGAACUGUUCCUACCAAAACAUGACAAGUGUAUCUCUAAAGUCUUGCAAGAAUUGCUGCAUGUUGCCUUCACUUGGACAGCUGCCAUCUCUAAAGUCCCUAAGCAUUGAAGGUUUGGAUCAGCUGAGGAGUAUUGAUGAGGAGUUUUACAAGAAUGAAGGAGAUCAUCAUUCUUCGCAUAUUGCACCGUUUCCCUCACUGGAGACUUUGGUAUUUCAUAACAUGGCAUGUUGGGAGGUGUGGCACGUAUCUGAGUCGGAAACAUUUCCUCAACUUAGGGAGCUUGAAAUAAGAAAUUGCCCAAUGUUGAAGGAAGAGAUGCUUAAUCAGGUAUUCUUCAGAAUCGUUUCUUCCUUGUCGGAUGUUUCCAAAGUUCGCAAACUACAUAUAGGCGACGACUUAGAUGAGCACACCGAGGCCAUGUAUCUUGAUGGGGACAGUUUAUCAGUUACGGGAUGUGAAUCUGUGAGGGAGUCUGCAUUAAAGGCAAUGAAGAGCAUGAACCAUCUAAGUUGCCUGCAAGAAAUAGACAUCUCAGGGUGUUCCUCUCAUGUAUCCUUUCCGGGCAAUUGUUUUCCCAAAUCUUUGCAAAAGCUGAAACUCUGCAAGUGUAGUAAACUAGAAUUCCCGGAGCAACAGCAGCACAAGUAUGAUUUGGUAGAGCUAAAAAUAGAAGAGAGUUGUGAUUCACUGACCUCCUUGUCGUUGGAUGUCUUUCCCAAUCUCAAGAAUUUGAAGAUAAUAAAGUGUAGGAAUCUGGAAUCAGUGUCAAUGACAGAGGCACCACACGCUGCUCUUCAACGUCUCAUAAUCCAUGGGUGCGACAAAUUAGUGUCAUUAGCAGGAGAAGGACUGGCUGCACCUAACUUGACUCAUCUUCAAGUCACAUGGUGCUCAAAGUUGGAGGCAUUAUCACGUGACAUGAAUAGUCUACUCCCAAGUCUACAGUCUCUCCAUAUAUAUGGUUGCUCAGACAUGUGGAGGUUAGCAGAGGGUGAUUUGCCGCCUAACUUGAAAGAGCUUCAUGUGGGAAUUAGCGAGCAACAAAUGAGGGAUCUAUCAUGGAUGCCCAACUUCCACGCCCUCACUCAUCUCACAAUUUCAGGUUAUUACUGCGACAACCUAAAGUCAUACCCAGAGGUGGGUUCGCUGCCUCACCUUCCCUCCCUUACCACUCUUCAGAUAAUAAGGUUCAAGAAUCUGGAGACAUUGGAGUGCAACGAGCUUCUCCGCCUCACCUCCCUUCAACAAUUAUACAUUUAUAACUGUUCAAAGCUGGAGAAUAUGGAAGGAGAAAAGCUGCCUCCCUCUCUCUUGCUACUUGAACUUAGAAGGUGUGGUUUGCUGGGAGAACACUGCAAGAACAAGCAUCAACUAAUCUGGCCCAAAAUUUCCCACAUCCCUGACAUUAAAGUCUUCUAAACAGAGAUUUCUGAGCAGGUUGCAGAAUAUGGCAGGAGAAAAGCUUCCUUUUUCUGUUACUAUUUCAAAUUCAACACUGUCCUUUGCCCGGCAAAUGCUACAAGAAGAAGAGUUGCAGCUAAAUUCUUUCUGAAGGUAACAUAAACUUGAUGGAUCUAGAGGCAUUGAUCUUUGAAGAUGCUCUAUCUCAUAUCGUUUCGUAUGAAUACCAACUCAAAUAGAUUUUCCAGGGGCAUCGAGAAAUAGAUAACUGCUAUGGUCGAGGAUCUACUUUCUUUCUGGGUUCAACCAUUAAAAUGUGCAUUAGGCAGCUUCUGUGGCAACUGCAACUUGGUGAGCAUCUAAAAAGGAACAAUACAUCAUUGUGUAUUUAUCAAGCAGGCUAUGAUCAAUUUCCUUUGUGUGAGGCCCAAGCAGACACUUUUUGGAGAGUCCCUCUACAUCACAAUUAGUGUAUUAACCUGAACAAAUGAAUGAUCGGAUGGUUAAAUUCUUUUCUGGUUUACCUGGAGUGCUUGUAAGUUUUGAGACUUGUUUGUAGCUUUGAUUUGGAAAAUAGUGAAAAAUUUUACCUUCCCGUGGGUUUUUUAAUCUCACAUUGAGAGGUUUUUUCCCACCUUAAAAGCUGGUGUUCUGUUGUUCUGUCUUAUCUUCAAUUAUUUUUUGGUAUUAACUAUUGCCAUAGUGUGCUUAUAUUAAAUUUGGGUGCUUCCAAAUUAUGCCUUUGACAGGUUUAGUUUAUUCCCAGUUUCCCACCAUAAAUGAUCAUUUUACAAUGUCAAAUAUCUUUCCUAUAAAUUAUAUUGAGGUGCAUUCUAUAUAAAGAAAUGCUAGGGGACCAUCAAAAUUUAUUGUUUUUGGCCAUCACUUAACUAUCGACUCAAUUUCUUUAGUCCAGUUCCUCUAGUCUAGUAAUCUAAUAACAUACUUUAUCUCAUACUUUUAAACAUUGAUGGCUAACUGAUGGCCAAAAAGAAUAAAUUCUUAUGACCUUCUAGCAUUCCUCUUCUAUAUAACUAGUAGCUUAACGUUUCCAAAUUCCAAAUGUGCACACAAGUAGGGGAAAUAAAGCCUUGGAGUCUACCUUGGUUGAAUAUACCAUGUACCUUUCAUUUUGUCUGCUUUCUCUCUCUCUCCAGUUGUUUGUAUAUGGAGAUAUCAAAGUGUCUACCAUGCUUGUGGAUUUAAACUUCACGUUUAGUCUGAUUGAUAGUUUACAGCCGAGAAAUUCCACGAAGAGGAUAGAUAGUACUUAUGCUAAAUUUUGAUUAUUUAAGUUUUACAAACUUGUCAUCAUAUUAUUAUUAUUCAGAUAUGUCCAAAGAUUCAAGCCUAAAAGGCAUUUAAAAAUAAAGGCAUAGCUCUUACUAGCUUUUGGUAACAUGUACUCUCUUACCGGUUAUUUACAAAUAGUUGUUUAUUUUGUUCCUUUGAUUAGGAUAAUAAUGAAGCUUUUUAUCUUCUCCUGAGUUUCUUUGGACUCUCACACCGAGAUAUUUUUUCCCACAUUAAAUUUUGGUGUUGUAUUUUUGUGCCUUCUCUUUAAUUUUGUGCUGCUAUUAACUACUGCCAUAGUGUGCCCAUGUAAUGCCUUAGAGUGAAAAAAAUGAUUGUACAAUGUUAACGUAAAUUAAGUAUCUUGUCUCUGGAGUCUGGACCAUAAAUAUAUAACAUUAUUUUCGCUCAUAGUUCUUCAAUUCAGAGUUGUGAUCGCAAUCUGAGCUCCCUGGUGGAACUACCAGAAAGUUUGUAAACAUCAGCUGCUUUUCUGGUGAAAUUUUGCUCGUGUUUCGUUGGUUUCAUUUUGUUGAUGUGUUUGUAUCCUUGUACAAAGAGUUGUGCAUGUAUACU